UUACACCUAAAUAUAUUCACAGUUUUUCAGUUGCUAAUUAAAACACGCGCGCGUGUCAAAGCAAACGGCCAGAGAGGCAUUUAGAAAUUCGGAUCCGAUUAAUCCAUUCAAUGAGCGGCAGCGAGGGGAGCUCAGGGAAAUCGGCGGCGAGCGGUGCCGGAGGGGAAGGGCAUCCGCCAUCCUCCGCGGAUAAGGGGAAGAAGAAGGAGAAGGCGCGGGUGAGCCGAACUUCUCUAAUCCUGUGGCACGCGCACCAGAAUGAUGCCGCGGCGGUGAGAAAGCUCCUUGAGGAGGAUCGAUCUCUGGUACAAGCCAGAGACUAUGACAGCCGCACUCCGCUUCAUGUGGCGGCACUCCACGGCUGGGUCGACGUCGCCAACUGCCUCAUUGAGUAUGACGCUGAUGUGAACGCACAAGAUCGCUGGAAAAACACCCCUCUAGCUGAUGCUGAAGGAGCAAAAAGACAUGGAAUGAUUGAGUUAUUAAAGUCAUGUGGUGGGCUAUCUUAUGGGAUGAAUGGAAGCCAUUUUGAACCAAGGCCUGUUCCACCCCCUCUUCCAAAUAAGUGUGACUGGGAGAUUGAUCCCAGUGAACUGGACUUCUCAAGCGCAGCAACCAUAGGGAAGGGCUCUUUUGGGGAGAUAAUAAAAGCUAGUUGGAGGGGAACACCUGUAGCUGUCAAACGAAUUCUUCCAAACCUCUCAGAUGAUAGAUUGGUGAUCCAGGACUUCAGACAUGAGGUGAAUUUGCUAGUUAAACUUCGCCAUCCAAAUAUAGUCCAAUUUCUUGGUGCGGUCACUCUAAGGAAGCCCUUAAUGCUAAUUACCGAGUAUUUGAGGGGUGGGGAUCUACAUCAAUACCUAAAGGAAAAGGGGGCACUCAAUCCAUCAACAGCUGUCAGUUUUGCAUUAGAUAUUGCCAGAGGCAUGGCUUAUCUUCACAGCGAGCCAAAUGUUAUAAUACACAGAGAUCUAAAACCAAGGAAUGUUCUUCUUGUCAACUCUAGUGCAAAACGUUUGAAAGUUGGAGACUUUAGAUCAAGCAAGCUUAUUAGGGUGCAAAAUUCUCACGAUGUGUACAAAAUGACUGGUGAAACUGGUAGCUACCGGUAUAUGGCUCCUGAAGUCUUCAAGCACCGGAAAUAUGACAAGAAGGUCGAUGUUUUCUCUUUUGCAAUGAUCUUAUAUGAGAUGCUUGAAGGUGAACCGCCACUGUCACAUUACAAACCAUAUGAAGCCGCUAGAUAUGUGGCAGAGGGACAUAGGCCAAAUUUUAGGGCAAAAGGUUUUAUACCAGAUUUGAGAGAGUUAAUUGAGAGGUGCUGGGCAGCAGAUAUGAAUCUGAGACCUCCUUUCUUGGAGAUAUUGAAGAUGCUCGAAAAGAUAAAGGAUACGUUGCCCUCCGAUCAUCACUGGAGCAUCUUUACGACAUGAGAUAUACCAAAUAUGAAUUUAAACCUGCUUCAUGUCUACCAAUAUCCCCUUUUACACACUGAAUGAAGAUCAAUUGUGAAUGAGGUCUAUCGUUUGAGGUUUGCAAGACUGCUUGUUUGACCAGUGCUUUAUCGUGCCAUUUGGAUUUAAUCUUGGGCGGCGUGCCUAUUAUUUCUACAGUCCCAGUUUCUUGAUCUCAAAGUGAGUGAUAAUUAGUGUCUUAAUUAACAUUAAAAAUGUUCAUUCUCCAAUCUGGUUUUCUUUGUGUUGUAAUCUGUUGUAGUUAGCUUGCUUCUUGUAAUAAUUUUAGACAAUCUAAAUUAAUUACGUUACUGCUGGAGUUAUAUUGGCCAGAAUAGAAGCAAUUUAGGUUGAUUUUAUAUGUAUUCAUUCAUAUUUGUGUUCGUAGCAUCUAAUGAUUAAACCUUCGGAAUUA